AUGCCCAUUGCUGAUGAGGGCCCAGGCUAUCGCCACGGGCAAAUGCCACAAGGUUCGAGCCAUCCUAGCCAAGCGUACAAUUUUCAUGGAGGCACCGGCUUGAAGAGCAUUCAAGAGGAAGACAGCCCAAUGUUUGCAACACCAGAGCCCAAGCGUAGGCGUUUCGAAGAUGCUCGUAGCCGUCUGUCAGACACACCCGUCCCUAGCGGGGUGAGCCCCGGUCCCAUGGGCAUGGGUGGUGUCAUUGCGCCUGCCCCUCUCCACACGCAGUUUGCACCCUUCCACGAUGCUUACGAGACGCCUAUUCUCACGGGAGACAAGAGCUACGACUCGCAGGAAGAAGGGGUCGUGGCCAUGGUCAUGUCUGUGCCUCACAUGCGAAAGAUGCACAUCAUCUCCCAGAUCGCGCCUCCUUACCGCACCAAGGACCCCGUUAACAACAAGUCUAUGACGCGAGGGUGCUUCAUCGUUGUCGAAGGCCCCGUGGACGCAACGCUCAAGGCCGUGGGCGCCGCUGUGGAGCGGGCGCUCCGUGGAUAUGAAGAGGAAACAGCCCUGGUCCGACGAAGCGGACCAGGACUGUCCAAGAUCCCCGUGGCACUUGCACCCAAGGGAUUCAGCGUGACCUGCUCUGACAGAUUCGCGUGCUCCAUCCCCAUCGAAGACGCGUACGCGCCCACCGAGCACUGGCAGUGGAUGGCAACGCAGUGGCGAGGAAUGGUCGGCCCAGACCUAUUUGUCUACGUCAAGCCCACGGCUGACCCUGGCAUCAACCUCCGCAACACGGUGGAGCUUAAGUCGCCCAAUGUGAUGCUCGUGCGCGUUCCCAUGGAAGGCACGCUGGACGAGAAGACGGAGAGACGCCUCGCGUUUGAGAUUGUCGAAUGGGUACGAGGCGGCCACAGCCAGCGACUCUAG